AUGUUAACGGAUCUGUUGAACUUCGGUCGGGAACAGCUAGAGAAUGGAACGUUGUUUAGUAUGCUAGAAGCAGUAGGGAUUAAUAAUGCGGAUGACUUCAUCAAUGGUUUUCGAAAUCAAACAAGACAAGAAGCAGAGCGAAUUCGCGAAUCUUCACGUUUAAUGUCCGUGGGUGAAUCCGUUUUUGGUCUAUUUUCUGGAUCCAAAGAUGAAGACGAUUCAUUGUCGAUGAUUCAAGCAGCAUACAAAACUUAUAAAUUGUUUUCAGGUCUUUUACAAGAUGAACAGAAUGAUAAUAAUGGUCUCUUUGGCGAUAUUACUUCAACAAUCAAUGAUGCUCAGAAGAUGUACGAAUUAUACAAAAAAUUUGAUAGAAAUGGAGAUGGAACAAUUACAAUUGAAGAUGUUCAAACUUAUUUUCAAGAAAUAGGUCUUGGUUUUGUAUCACCAUAUUUGGCAAAAGGGUUAUUUUUGUUAGUUGAUAAAAAUCAAAAUGGCCGUCUUGAUUUUGUUGAUUUAAUGGGAUUAUGUUCAAUAGUAUAUAAAUUAACUCAAACAUUUGGUGGUACUGGUGGUGAUAGUGGUGGCCGUUUUUGA